CUCAUUGGAGUCGACGUGGCUUGUUUGCUGUACGGUUGUUUACUAGCUCAGUUAGGUCAUUACCUCGAGAGAUAUUCCAAGGAAGAGAAAUGGCUUCGACUCCUGGUCAUGAUCUCCGCCCUUAUUGUUGGCGUGAACGUCGGCUUCGCAGUGGCCUCGCAGUACGUAGUCUUUGUGACACACUCCGGUGACCGUAGCAUCUGGACAUCGAGUCCAUGGCCAACGUCCGUGGUCCCCCUUACGGCCGGACUGAGCGCGCUACUUGUCCAGUGUUUCUUUGCCUCUCGCGUCGUGCGCUUUCAAGGAAGACUUUUUGGGAAAAUACUGGGUGCUCUCAUCAGUCUGGCAAGCCAAAGAUUCGACGCUUCCAGGGUGCGUUCACUGGCAAAAUUUCGCAAAGUCCACGUUUCGAUUGCCGACCGCUGGCAGAUAUGGGCGAUAUCAAGCUGCGUUUGCGACGCUCUCGUCUCAUUCUCAAUGAUUGGCCUGCUUUACAAUCGCCGCAGGAAUACGCACUUUCGGAAGACCCGAAAUAUGCUCAAGCGCCUCAUCGCUCAGUCCAUCCAGACGGGAACUGUGACGACAGUGGUCAUGGUCGUGAUGUUCGUUAUGUAUGAGACUUCCGACUCGAAGAGCCAGGCAUACAUCGUCUGCGAAUUGGCACUGGGUCCACUCUAUGUGAACGUGAUGCUUUAUGUGCUCAACGCUCGAGAACGCUUGGCGGCGGUCGACACGCUGCGAUGCAAUAGCAGUGAUAUAGAGCUGCCAACAAAUCACGACUCCACAUCCACUCAGAACGCUCGAGCCACUCUUGUCGGAGGGGCACAUAUGUAG